CCUCCACGAUUUCCUCUCCUCCACCUGCUUCCCCCCGCUUUACUUUCACUCAACCUCGAACGGCCUCCUUUGGCCUUGAUACCUGCAGCCAUGGCGUCUCUCACCGACUUCGUGGAUUUCUCUCAGGACACGCUCAAAUACGCUGCGCUGUCCAUUGCCUUCAACCCAAUCUUCUGGAACAUCGUUGCCCGUGCCGAGUACCGGAGCCACUUCCUCACCCGUAUCUUUGGCAGCCCCUACUACGGCUGCUACUUUCUCGCCGUGACCAUCUUCUCCCUAGGAGUCCUACGCGACCACAUCUACCAACUGGCCUUGGAAGACCAGCCCUACUAUGCCCCAGUGCACCAACCCGUCCUCGGCGGCGCCCUUUUUGUCGUGGGCUCAGUUCUCGUCCUCUCAAGCAUGUAUGCCCUCGGCGUGACGGGAACCUACCUCGGUGACUACUUUGGUAUCCUCAUGGACGCGCCUGUCACGGGCUUCCCGUUUAACGUUACGGGAUCCCCGAUGUACUGGGGUAGCACCUUGAACUUCCUCGGCGUUGCCCUGUAUAAGGGCAAAGUUGCCGGUGUGCUUCUUAGCGCCAUGGUGUUUGUCCUGUACUGGUUCGCACUCAAGUGGGAGGACCCCUUUACCGCUGAGAUCUACGCGAAACGGGAACGCGAGCGCGCCAAAUCCAAGCAGGGUGGAAAGAAGCAGUAAGCUCCUGAAUCCAGUGCUCGCAUCCAGUCAAAGAGCAGUUGCGAGCAAAUGGACUACUGUGGUGGUAAGGAGAGGGUCCAGAAGAAGUGAUAAUGGGUAUUCAACAUCCAUAGAUGGCGCUGCGAGCAUAGUGCAGACAGGAGAAGGAAGCCUGGAUGUCGGAUAGACCAGAACGACAGGCGAUACUGAGUGCUCUUCAACAUCAAUUAAAAGCGGAGAAGCGAGCAUUGAAGAGGCUACUACAAGAGAGGGCGUACCUCGAGUGGUUCGAUGAAUCACUACACUACCUUCAUAGAAAGAGAAGUAUCCAUAGAAAAGG